AACAGUAUACAACAGAGAACUAAGUGUAGAAAGGCCCUUGGAAGAACAGAUUGCUGAAGCGGAGACAAACAAAAUGAAGAAAUCACCCCGGACAGAUGACCCCGAUGGACUCCAUCAGCUCGACGGGACCCCGUUAACAGCUGAAGAUAUCGUCCAAAAGAUUGCCAUGAGAAUUUAUGAGGAAAAUGAUAGAGGCGUCUUUGACAAGAUUGUUUCCAAGCUUCUAAAUCUGGGCCUGAUCACCGAAAGCCAGGCCUACACCCUGGAGGAUGAAGUGGCCGAAGCAUUGCAGCAGCUGAUUGCGAAUGAAGCCAAAGAUCGGGAAAAGGCCUCUGAGGAUCCUGAGAGUCUUCCGAGCAAGAGUAACAGUCAGACCAAAGAGAAGCAGAAAAUAAAACCGGUGUUCAAGAAUACUGAUCGAGAUGACACCUUGGAUAAUACCUGGGCUACCAACAUCUUAGAAAGAAGAAAUGAACUGCCUCCCGAGGAUCGCUUUCAGGAUCUCCAAUACUUCCCUAAUUUCUAUGAACUAUUAAAAAGCCUUAACUCAGAGAAAGAAGUGAAGGAAAAGGAAACCCUGAUUACAAUCAUGAAAACUCUAAUAGAUUUUGUCAAGAUGAUGGUUAAAUACGGAACCAUUACCCCCGAGGAAGGUGUUUCGUAUCUCGAAAAUCUAGAUGCCAUGAUCGCCCUGCAGACAAGAAAGAAACUUGAGAAAUCCAGUUCCCAGAACAAGCUAUCAGACAAGAGCACCGAGGAAGCCGACAGCACAAAAACAGGCACAGCCGAAAUGGAAAAAGAAUACGAAGCCCUGAAAGAUUCCACAAAAGCUGAGGAAGAAAAUGCGGAAGACAACAAAGAACCAAAAGGAAAAGCAGAGGCCUACUUGGAAGCCAUCCGGAAGAAUAUAGAGUGGCUGAAGAAACAUAAGACCCAGGGAAAGAAAGAUGAUUACGAUCUUUCGAAACUGCGGGAUUUCAUAGACCAACAAGCCGAUGUUUACGUGGACAAGGGCAUCCUAGAUAAAGAAGAGGCAGACGUGAUCAAGCGCAUCUACGGCAGCCUGUAGAGGAAAAAGAAAAACUCCCCAAGACUGUAUGGAAUUCUAGUCUAGCUUCACCCACAUCUAGUUCUAAGACCUACAACUUUCUUUCUCCCCCACCACAUCCCAGGAAAAAGGCGAUUAGAAAGUAUUCUGUCUCCAUUGUCCAGAAUUUUAUCCAGGUUUAAAACAAAAAAACCCACAACCCUACAAUUGCAUAUUUGUUUCUUCUCAACUUUGAUUGAGAAGUAAACGAGCUGCCCAUUUUAUAGAUAACAGGGUAAAACAACUGCUUAGAUCAUGUCCCCGUUAAUUUAUCCAGCGGCUCUUUCGGAUUAUAUGCUUUGGGGGAAAGAGUCAAGUUUGUUUCAUUGUGAAAUGGCUUUUAAAGAGAUACUGUUCUGAAAAGAAAAGGAAAAAAAAAUGAUAAAGGGCAUUACUAGGGGCAACCCAAGUGAAUUAACUCAAUUUAGCUCAACUUUGCAUUCCUUGCAAAGAAAUCUCACCUUUGCAUUCUCUUUUGUGGCACUUCUUGUUUCGUGUCCCAGAAAGUAUUGUUGGAAUGCUGUAUAUUCAUUUUCGUGCAUUCCGCUUUGUUCUCUCCCCAUCUGUGUGCCAUCGAGUCAUGGCUGUGGGUUUAACCCUGCCCCCAGCCUUCAAAAUAAAUCUUUUUACAGGGGGAAAGAAACGUAUUGUCACUGUAUGGCUACGGGUCAGGUACAGUAGCAAACGGUCGUCCUUCACAUCCUCCUCCAUCGUUCUUGGUUAAGUGUUAUUUCUCUGCAUGUAUAAAGAACAGUUCUUGAUGUGAGUAGCUUUAAUGAUAUGUGAAUAACCAUUUCUAAGGGUAAAAAAGGUGGUGAAGCAAGGUACGUGAGCUUAGGAGGUGUGCUUAGGAUCAGACAUUUAUAUAUAGGACGAGUGAUGUGCUAGGAUGGCGGGAAUGCAGUAGCGUUUAGCAACACGAGGUUUCAUAAAUGUCUCGGUUUUGUAAACUUUUGAUUUAGCCUGAAUUUACACUAAAGAUCCGUGCUCCCUUUCUAUAUAGGGAGAUUAUGCUUUUUACAUGUUUUAUUUUUUCUACGUAAGGCACAAUUGGGUUAAAAGCAACAGGCUAAGCCAUAAGUCACAAUCCACAAUGCUGGUUUAGUUCGAUCAACCAUGGUUUGUGAAUUAAGCCAUACUUGGAUGGGCUCAAUAUAGUGCAGUGAGGCAUAAAAUCACAGUUCAAAAAUUAGAAUGGCUACAUUCACAGAAUAUUGCAUCCCCUCCAUCGUAAAUGUUGCUUGCACAUUGAAUAAUUCUUGAAGAGAAGCAUUUAAAUUCUCAUCCUGAAUGUAACAUGAGGAGACUUCCGUUUGUAUUAUAAUAAUCAAUUUAUUUCUGUUUUGAGCUUCCACAUUUAUGACAUUUAACAUGCAGUGAGCAUUCCAGUCAGAAGAUGGGUUGGAUUCUGCUUAAUUUCUCCAUGAACAGUACAAGUAGCGUCCCUUUAUUUCAAUAAUUGGAAAUAGAUUUUCUGAUGCUAAGCAGUGCAGUUGUAAAGCAUGUCAGGUGAUUGCACUAAGUGACAGCAGUUAUGGUAGUUUUCAGUUAUUGUCAUUAAGUGAAAACCAUGGUCACCUAGCGAGGUCCUCUCGUGACUACAAUGUCUGACAUCCUGCUGGCUUCCCGAUUGAUUUUGUUUGUGGGAAAGCCGAUGGGAGAUCGCAAAUCGCGAUAAUGUGACACGGGAUGCUGCCACAAUCACAAUGAUUGGCGUGUGCAUAGGGCAGAAUUUUGAGGACCGUUUAUAAGUUCAACAUUGUUACAAGUUGAAAUGGUCACUGAGUGAGUGGCCAUUCAAUGAGGGCCACCUGUAUGUUUACUUGUUUUGUUUUCCCCCAUAAACUGCCCCGAUAUGUUGUGGGGAUAAAAUGGUUUAAAAGCAAUUCAGAUUUACAACUAGCAAAAUAAAUUUUGAUAAAUGAAUCUUCACAUUACUGCUGGAAAGCUAUGCAUUGUGGGGAAGGAUCCCCCCAAAUAUGAGGGGGUUUAUAAGCCAUGAAGACUGACUUUCAUUGGCUGAGACUAGUGGAACAGCACACCCCCCACCCCACCCAAUCCCUUCUGUUGCAGAAUCAUAGCAGAAAAGUUGAAUAAGGAGGCAAGACCAGUGCUGAAAUUCACACAGUUACAAUUGUCAGACUCCUUCAUAAAUGGACUUUUUAGAUAGGUGUAUUGGGUUAGUUUCUUGUGCAGCUGCUAACUCAGAAAACAUCCUUUUAGCACCAUCUGGAUAAUUAAAGCUCUAAAAGAGGCACUUAAUAUACUCUGCAGACACACUAGUCUCGUAUUCCUCAGUACAUUUUAAACAGUCAUUAAAAGAAUUUGCAUUCAUAUGAGAUGGGAAGGAGUACAGCAGAGAAAUUAAGAAUGCAGCCCAAAACAUAUUUACUUAACAGGGAAUAUUACUUCUUCUGAAUGGACAUGCACUAGCCUAAUCUUCAAAACAGGAUAAAAACAAUGAUUUAUAAAUCUGUCAAUGAUUUAUAAAUCUGUUGCUCAGUGACAGCCUACAUACAUAAUUGCGGGUGGUUACAAAUGGUGAUCCCAGAAUGCAAUUGUCAUAAACUCAUGCCAGUUGUCA